AUGGCCCCUACUCUCUACAUCGCCGACGACACCUGCUCUCGCGCCGCUCAGCUAAUUGCCAACGAGCUUGGAAUUGAGCACCAGCUUGUUCACUUUGAUGUGGUCGGCAAGAGCACCUCCAGCGGCGAGGACUUUGCCGCUGUCAACCCUCUUCUCUACGUCCCUGCCCUGAAGCUGGACAACGAGACCAAAGAUGUCAUCUCUGAGACCAUCGUCAUCUGCUCAUACUUCGCCGACCAGAAGCCCGAAGCCGGUCUGGUCCCCGCCGCAGGGACCCUGGAACGUGUUAAAUACGACCAGUUCCUUGUCCAGCUGGCUACUGAGAUUGCCCAGAAGCACAUUCCUCUCAUGCGCAAGCUCAUGACCCCCGAGGGUAUUGAUUUCCACUCUAACAAGCUCCAGAAGGCCUACAAGCUUCUUGAUGACCGCCUAGCCAACACCCUUUACCUAUUUGGCGACAACCUCACCGUUGCCGACGCUUAUGUCUGGGGCACUUUCUGGGGCUCCCGCUCUGGUGUCGACCUGUCUCACCUUGAGAACCUCGCCGCCUGGAAGGCCCGUCUCGAGGCUCGGCCCGCGGCCAUCAAGACCAUCAAUGAUGAGGCUGCAGUUGUCGCUGUUCACAAAGCCCAGAUCGCUGCCAGUGCUUAA